AUGCUCAACGAGCUCGGCGCGAGAGAGGGCGCCAUCAACAUGGGCCAGGGAUUUCCCGACUUCGAGGGCUCGGCCGUCGCGCGCAAGGCCGCCGCGGAAGCGUUGGACACGCCGUCGCUGAACCAGUACUCGCCCAUCGACGGCCUCGCGUCGCUGCGCGACGAGGUGUCGGCGUUUUACGAGAGGCGCUACGGCGCUCGCUACGACGCGGCGAGCGAGGUCGUCGUCACCUCGUCCGGCCAGGAGGCGCUCGUCGCCUCGCUGCGCGCGUGCUUCACGCGGACCGGCCGCGCCGGCGUCGUCGUCAUGGAGCCCUUCUAUCCGUUCCUCGCGCCGGCCGUCGCCGCCGCGGGAGGCGCGCUCCAGCCGCUUCGGCUGGCGCCGCCGACCUUCGCGCUGCCGACGGCCGCGGCGCUCGACGCCGCGCGCGACGAGACGACGGGGGUCGUCGUCGUCAACUCGCCGCACAAUCCGACGGGCAAAUGCGCGACCGCGGACGAGCUCGCGGUCGUCGCGGACUGGUGCGUCCGCCACGACGUCAUGGUCGUCGCCGACGACGUCUACGAGCACGCCGUCUUCCCGGGCCGCGCGCACGUCCGGAUCGCGGACGUUCCGGGCAUGCGCGACCGCACGAUCACGCUCUCGAGCGCGGGCAAGCUCUUCUCGCUCACGGGCUGGCGCGUCGGCUGGGCCCUCGCGGCCGCGGACGUGGCGCGGGACGUCUCCGCGGCGCACACGGCGCUGACCUACGCGGCGCCGACGCCGCUCCAGCACGGCGUCGCCGCGGCGCUGGCCGCCGAGGACGGGACCUUCGGCGGCGUCGCCGAGCUCUUCGCGCGCAACUACGGCGCGCUCGCCGCGGCGCUCGCGGCGCGGGGGUUGGACGUCUGCCCGGCGGACGGCGGCUACUUCCUCGUCGCCGACGCGAAGCGGCCGGCGAUGGACUUCGCGCGGUCGCUCGCGGACGACACCGGCGUCGUCUGCACGCCGCUCUCCGUGUUCUACGCGACGCCGCCGGCCGAGGACUCCUACGUGCGGUUCACGAUCUGCAAGAGCGCCGCCCACGUCGACCGCGCGUGCGCCGCGCUGGGGUAA